GGUGAAAAAAUGUUGCAGAAAGUCAUGGAAAGUUGCUGUGUGCAGCCCAGAGAUAUCGCCAUAACCGAGAAUGGCAGCACCAGCAGCAGCAGCACCACCAACAACAGCACCAAUAAGAUCAUGGGGACUGUUGUGUUGAUGAAGAAGAACGUGCUGGACUUGCACGACGUCAAAGCUUCGUUCCUCGAUCGAAUUCACGAGCUUCUCGGCAAAGGAGUCUCCAUCCACCUCAUUAGCUCUGUUCAUCCAGACCCAGAGAAUGGAUGGAGGGGGAGGAUUGGGAAAGCAGCUUUCUUGGAGAAAUGGGUUCAAAAGAUGACACCUUUAACAGCUACAGAGACUAGUUUUUCCAUUACCUUCGAUUGGGAUCAAUCCGCCAUGGGCGUUCCUGGAGCUUUCAUCAUCAGAAACCAUCACCACAGUCAAUUCUACCUCAAGACCUUAACUUUAGACGACGUCCCCGGCCAUGGCCGCGUCCAUUUCAUCUGCAAUUCGUGGGUCUACCCUGCUCACAGAUACAAAUACGACCGCAUUUUCUUCUCAAACAAGACAUACCUACCAUGUCAAACGCCAGAGCCAUUGCGUCAAUACAGACAACAAGAACUUGCCAACCUGCGAGGAAAUGGGAAGGGAGAGCUGAAGGAAUGGGAUAGAGUUUAUGACUAUGCUUACUACAAUGAUUUGGGUAGUCCAGACAAAGGUGACGCCUAUGCACGCCCUGUUCUUGGUGGAUCCAUGGAGUAUCCUUAUCCUAGAAGAGGGAGAACAGGCCGAAAACCCACCAAAAAAGAUCCAAAGUCGGAGAGCAGAUUGCCACUUCUAAGCCUGGACAUCUACGUACCAAGGGAUGAACGGUUUGGACACGUGAAGUUCUCAGAUUUCUUAGCAUAUGCUCUGAAAUCUAUUGCUCAAGUACUUCUCCCGGAGAUUUCGUCUUUGUUCGACAAGACGAUCAACGAGUUCGACUCUUUUGAGGAUGUAUUUGACCUCUACGAUGGAGGCAUCAAAUUGCCAGGCAAGGCCACGGUAAGCAAAGUAAGAAAUCGCGUACCAUGGGAGUUGCUGAAGGAACUUGUUCGCAACGAUGGUGAGAGGUUUCUCAAGUUCCCCAUACCUGAGGUAAUCAAAGAGGACAAGUCUGCAUGGAGGACUGAUGAAGAGUUUGCUCGAGAGAUGCUAGCUGGAGUCAACCCAGUUAUCAUCAGCCGCCUGCGAGAGUUCCCACCAGCCAGCCAGCUAGACCCUAAAAAAUAUGGAAACCAGCAUAGCACAAUAAAAAAGGAAGACAUCGAAAUCAAUAUGAAUGGAUUCACCGUUGACCAAGCAAUGGAUAGCAACAGGCUGUUCAUACUGGACCAUCACGAUGCACUGAUGGUAUACCUGAGGAAGAUAAACUCGACCAACACAAAGAUGUACGCCACAAGAACGAUUCUGUUCCUUCAAGACGACGGAACCUUGAAGCCAUUAGCAAUCGAACUAAGUCUCCUGCAUCCCCAGGGCGACCAUCGUGGCGCCGUCAGUAGAGUAUUCACUCCAUCAGAAGAUGGAACAGUUGAGGGCACAAUUUGGCAGCUAGCCAAAGCUUAUGUCGCAGUCAAUGACUCUGGCUACCACCAGCUCAUCAGUCACUGGUUGAACACUCAUGCUGUGAUAGAGCCAUUCAUCAUCGCGACAAACAGGCAGCUGAGCGUUCUUCAUCCGAUACACAAGCUUCUGCAGCCACACUUCCGCGACACGAUGAACAUCAAUGCAUUGGCCAGGCAGAUCCUGAUAAAUGCUGGUGGAAUGCUGGAGAUCACUGUGUUCCCAGCCAGAUACUCCAUGGAAAUGUCUGCUGUUCUGUACAAGAAUUGGGUCUUCACUGAACAGUCCCUCCCUGCCGAUCUUAUAAAGAGAGGAAUAGCAGUUCCAGACGAAACCAAACCACAGGGCCUCAAGCUUCUCAUAGAGGACUACCCAUACGCUGUCGAUGGGCUGGAGAUAUGGUCAGCAAUUGAAACAUGGGUACUGGAAUACUGCGACUUCUACUACCCAACAGACGAAUCAAUCCAAAACGACGAGGAGCUCCAAUCGUGGUGGUUAGAGCUGCGCAACGAAGGCCAUGGAGACAAGAGAGACGAGCCAUGGUGGCCCGAGAUGCAGACAAGAGACGACCUCAAACAAACCUGCACAAUCAUCAUAUGGGUCGCCUCAGCGCUCCACGCAGCGGUGAAUUUCGGACAGUACCCAUAUGCAGGGUUUCUCCCUAACCGCCCCACAAUCAGCCGCCGAUUCAUGCCUGAACCAGGGACGCCGGAGUACAGUGAGCUCGAGCAAGACCCGGAGUUGGGUUAUUUGAAGACGAUUACGGCACAGUUACAGACAUUGCUAGGGGUAUCGCUGAUAGAGAUUCUAUCGAGGCAUUCGACGGACGAGAUUUACCUGGGGCAGAGGGAGAGCGACGAGUGGACUUGUGAUGACGAACCGCUGGCGGCGUUCAAGAGAUUUGGGGAGAGGUUGAAGGAGAUUGAGAAGCGGAUUACGGAGAUGAAUGAGAAUCCGGCAUUGAAAAACAGAGUUGGGCCGGUGAAGGUUCCUUAUACGCUGUUGUACCCGAAUACAUCGGAUUACUCGAGAGAAGGUGGGCUUACUGGGAAAGGGGUUCCAAAUAGUAUCUCGAUCUGA